GGCGGGGCGGCUUUGUCUGGUUGAGCGGAGCGUGAGCGCUCCACUACCCCUCGGGGACCGCCACGGGGAUCCCAUCCCCGCCGCCUCGCAGGGCACCCCUGCCCACCGCUGGAUCCUCUGUCCGGGCCGCCCCGGCUCAAUGACCGCCGUCCUCCUCCUCUGCCGCCGCGGGCCGCUCCGCUCCGCUCCUCCCCUUCCCUCCCCUUUCGGGGCGGUGAUCGCGGCGGGAGGAAGAAAAGGAUGCCACGGAAGCUGUUGUUGCCUUAUAAAUCUGUUUUCUCUCCCCUGGGAGCUCCGCGGGACGCCGCGGCCAUGAACGCGGCCCGCAGCGGGUACCGCGUCUUCUCGGCCAACUCGACCGCGGCCUGCACCGAGCUGGCCCGCAGGAUCACCGAGCGUCUCGGUGCUGAGCUGGGGAAGUCUGUGGUGUACCAGGAAACCAAUGGAGAAACAAGAGUUGAAAUUAAAGAAUCGGUCCGCGGACAGGAUAUCUUCAUUAUACAGACCAUCCCCAGAGAUGUGAAUACCGCUGUCAUGGAGCUGCUGAUAAUGGCCUAUGCACUGAAGACUUCCUGUGCCAGGAACAUCAUCGGGGUCAUCCCUUACUUCCCCUACAGCAAACAGAGCAAAAUGAGAAAGAGGGGGUCUAUCGUCUGCAAGCUGCUGGCUUCAAUGCUCGCCAAGGCAGGUUUAACACACAUAAUCACUAUGGACCUUCAUCAAAAGGAAAUUCAAGGCUUCUUCAGCUUCCCAGUAGACAACCUGAGAGCAUCCCCUUUCUUGCUCCAGUAUAUACAGGAAGAAAUUCCAGAUUACAGAAACGCAGUUAUUGUAGCCAAAUCUCCUGAUGCAGCUAAAAGGGCUCAGUCUUAUGCCGAGAGACUACGACUGGGACUAGCAGUGAUCCAUGGAGAGGCUCAGUGUACAGAGCAAGACAUGGAUGAUGGACGUCACUCCCCUCCGAUGGUCAAAAAUGCAACUGUGCAUCCUGGUCUGGAGCUGCCAUUGAUGAUGGCCAAGGAAAAACCACCAAUAACAGUGGUUGGAGACGUUGGAGGAAGAAUUGCCAUCAUUGUGGAUGACAUCAUUGAUGAUGUGGAAAGCUUUGUAGCUGCUGCAGAGAUCCUGAAAGAGCGUGGAGCCUACAAGAUUUUUGUGAUGGCUACUCAUGGGCUCCUGUCAGCAGAAGCUCCUCGUCUCAUCGAGGAAUCCUCCAUUGAUGAGGUGGUAGUAACCAACACCGUUCCUCAUGAAGUACAGAAGCUGCAGUGCCCCAAGAUCAAGACUGUGGAUAUCAGUUUGAUUCUCUCUGAAGCCAUCCGGCGAAUCCACAAUGGCGAGUCCAUGGCCUAUCUCUUUCGCAACAUCACUGUCGAUGACUAAAGCUGGCGCUGCCCCUGUCCUGGCUUCCACAACGGAAGAAAAUAUGCAUGAAAAGGCGAUACCAUAAAUUAUAGGCAUAACACAACUGUUGAUUCUUGUAGGACCGUGAAAGUUUUCAGGGUCUUGAGCCAUGAGAUCCGGUAGAAAAAACCUACCUGGCCAGCACUUGGCAGGCGUAAAGAAAAGGCCACUGGCAGUGGGGAGGAUUGCGGCUGAAUUGAGAGAGGUGGAGAUGUGAGGCGGUGUUGAACGUUUAAGUUUCUUUAAUUUUUUUAGUGUGUUCUAUCUUUCCCUGUAAGUGGGAAGAAAUGCAAAAAAGACAUAGCAUACAGCUUGUGAAAAGGGAGGAGAGAGUGCUCGCUGCUGUGUGUGUGCAGCGAGAGGGGAGAGCCUUUGGGUUUCUGGUUCUGACUGGGACUCGCCUGAGACCACAGAAGGGAGUGCUUCCUUCAGGUGCUGGGCGGGACUGCUGGCUACUGGCAGGGCUGAUAUGCAGAGGAGCUGCUUGCCAGCCAAGUGGCCUCUUCUGUCUUGCACAGCAGGGCAAGGACUUUCAUCCAAACUAAGUUAGUGCAACAUCCGGAAUGGGCAGCUUAGGGCAAUCCAUUCGCAGGGCUGCUGGCAUCCUUGUGUCAGGGUGCUGGGAACAAAAUCAUGUGUGUCUCCCAGCAGGGCAAGGGAUGCGAUUUAAUGUGCUGGCUUUUUCACGUGGUGAGCUUGGAAUCAUUGUUCUUCAGGGGCAGGAACUAUGAGGGGCCUCAUUUGAACACAGGUAUGCACUGCAAAACCCGGUGCCACUUCUGAAGCUUCCUGGGACUGAUGAGUUGUAACCGAGCCUUUUAAGGAAGGGGAGUUGGAACAAUAUCUGCCUCUACUGCAGCUGUGCUCUCCAAAACACUAACACUGAACAUGCAAUAAAAAGCAUAGAAUUUUCCA